AUGUUCGGCUUUCCUAUAGAUCUAUUCGGUAUUCCAAACAGUACAGAUCGUCGAAUGAAUAGUAAUUCAUUAGUACCACAUCAUCAAUCAUUAUUUGGAAAUUCAUUAAUGAUGCCAUCGCUAUAUGGCAAUAUGAAUAGUUUAAUGGGUAAUUUUGGAUUGAAUUCAUCGCCGUUUCCAAUCAUGGAUAGAAUGAUGCAGGGAGCAAAUCAAAACCCAAAUGGAUCAGUACAUUCAUUUUCAUCAACAACGGUCAUGUCUUAUAAUGGUACAGAUGGAAGACCGAAAGUUUAUCAACAAUCAACAUCAUGUAAUCGAGGACCUGGAGGAAUUGAAGAAACGCGACAUGCUGUUCGGGAUACUGAACGUGGAAUUAAGAAAGUGCAAAUUGGUCAUCGAAUUGGUGAUCGUAAACAUGUAGUAGAACGAGAAAUGAAUACACAAACUGGUCAGCUAUCUGAAAAUGUUGAACUUGAAAAUCUUGAUGAAGAUGAAACGGAUGAUUUUAAACAAGAAUGGCGUCAACGUUCACUACAUGCUGGUGUUGCUCGUCAUUCACAUCAUCCUUACCAUCAUCCAAUUGGUUCAAAUCGUCAUUAUAAUUCUUCAUCAAGACCACAAUCAAGACAAUUAGCGAUUGAACAUAAUUCUUCUGCUGGAUUAUCUAGUCGACAACAUAAAAAAUCUUCAAAAAAUUCUAAUAAUUCAUCUCAUCGACCUCAAUAUCAUCAUUCAGAUACAAUUGAUUUAACUGAAGAUACACCAGUUGAAGAUGAUAUACAAGAAAUUCAACAAUUACCAUUAUCACAAUCAUUAUCUGUCAAACGUAAACCUUCAUCGUCUUCAUCAAAUGACAUGAAUAAUCAACGCAAACAUCGACAAAAUCAUUUUUGA